AUGGGUAUCAAAGGAAUCCGAACAGCUUUGAAAGUCGACUUGGACAAACAUGCCCGUGAACAGCCCGGCUUACAUAACCGAUGGCAUCCAGACAUUCCGGCCUGUGGCAAAAUUGCCAACAAUGAAGUCGUGAAGAUCGAAUGUCUCGAUUGGACAGGCGGGCAAAUCAAGAACAAUGACUCCGCCGACGACAUUCAGAACGUUGAUCUAACCGAGAUUCACUAUCUUUCCGGCCCAUUCGACAUUGAAACUGCCGAGCCAGGCGAUGUCUUAGUGGUUGAGAUCCAAGAUGUCCAGCCUUUCCAGGAUCAACCAUGGGGAUUCUCUGGCAUUUUUGCGAAAGAAAAUGGCGGUGGCUUCUUAGAUAAGCACUACCCAAAGGCAGCAAAGGCAAUCUGGGACUUUGAAGGGAUCUUCUGCUCCUCCCGCCACAUUCCGCACGUCAGAUUUGCCGGAUUGAUCCAUCCUGGUAUUUUAGGAUGUGCUCCUUCAGCGGAGGUCCUGGCCGAAUGGAACCGACGAGAAGGCGAACUGAUUUCCGCAAAUACAGUUGAAGAUCAGAUUGUUGCGCAGCCACCAAACCCCACGAAUGCCCAUGCCGGUAGCUCUGCCGAAGAUAUCAAAGAAAGAGUAGCUAAGGAAGGAGCUCGAACUAUCCCGGGUCGCCCUGAACAUGGAGGCAACUGCGAUAUCAAGAAUCUCUCUCGGGGAUCCAAAGUCUAUCUCCCCGUUCACGUCCCCGGAGCGAAAUUUUCAGUUGGCGAUCUUCACUUCUCCCAAGGAGAUGGUGAAAUUUCAUUCUGUGGCGCCAUAGAAAUGGCGGGUGAGAUUACCUUGAAAUUCAGCGUCAUGAAAGAUGGCAUGGCAAAGCUUGCUAUGAAAUCACCCAUUUUCCAAGCUGGUCCAGUCGAGCCCCAAUUUGGCCCCGGGCGCUAUCUUACAUUCGAAGGAUUCUCUGUUGAUGAGAACGGUAAGCAACAUUUCAUGGAUGCUACGGUGGCUUAUAGGCAGACUUGUCUGCGUGUGAUUGAAUAUCUGCGCCGAUACGGGUAUAGCGAUUAUCAGAUUUAUUUACUCCUCAGUUGCGCGCCGGUGCAGGGGCAUAUUGCUGGCAUUGUUGAUAUACCUAACGCAUGCACCACUCUCGGGGUACCCAUGGAUAUCUUUGACUUUGAUGUAAGGCCCGAGGCGGAUAUCGUUCAGAGGGAUAUGGGCACGUGUGCAUUUACGAGUCAGUGA